CAACAACUAUAAAUAAUGAUUUAAACAAUAAUAGUAAUAAUAAUAAUAAUAAUAAUAAAAAUAAUAGCAAUAAUAAUAUUAAUGCAACUGAAGAACAACCAAUUCAAAAUACAAAAGAAUCAUCAAUUAAUGAUUUAAAAAAUCAAAUUUUAGAAAACUCAUUAAAAUAUAUUAGUUUAUAUGGAUGGACAUCAGAAGCAGUUAGCAAAUCAUGUAUCGAAUUAGGAUAUCCACCAGUUACUCAAGGUUUAGUUGGUGAAAAUUCAGCAUAUGAAUUGGCUUAUUAUUUCGUUACUAAAUGUAACCAAGAAUUAAUGGAACAAAUUCAAUCAAAUAGUGAUUUACUUGAAGGUCUUUCAAAGAAGGAAAAAAUUAAAGCAAUCGUCAAGUUAAGACUUUCAAUGAUUAAACCAUACCUCAACAGAUGGACCGAAGCUAUGCAAUUAUUAGCUAAUCCAACCAACAUUAUUAAUACCUCACCUUCAAUGUUACAAUUAGUAGAUGAUGUUUGGUUUUUAGUUGGUGAUAAAUCAUCAGAUUUUGAUUGGUAUGCUAAACGUGGUCUUUUAGCUGCAUUAUAUACAUCAUCCGAAUUAUUUAUGUUAUCAGAUACUUCAUUCGAACAUCAAAAUACUUGGAGAUUUGUAGAUGACCGUGUUGAUGAUCUUAUCAAAGUUGUAAAGUUCAAAAACGAUCUUGAACAAACAGUAGAAAUGGGUAUCAGUACAAUUUUAAAUAAACUUCAUAAUAAAUAAAAUAUAUAUAAUAAUGUAGAUAAAUAAUUAGAUUUUAUUCAUUUAUUUUUU